UUGUUGUGUUGAAUCACCUGUCAAAUUCCGAUUGUGUUUUAGAAUUGAAUUGAUUUUCCCAACAAAAUUUCUCCCUCAAUAUAUCUCUCUAAAUAUGGCAUAUUUAAUCCAACCUGAUUAUGUAAAAUAUGUCUGUACGUGUGGUCAGUUAAAACCAAUAACGAAUUUAUAUUUUUGUCGACAUUGCUUGAAAAUAAGAUGCGGUUUUUGUAUCUGUCAUGAGGUUGAUUCCCACUAUUGUGCCAACUGCCUUGAGAACAUGCCAUCAUCGGAAGCUCGGUUGAAAAAGAACCGAUGUAGCAGCUGUUUCGACUGUCCCAGCUGUUUCCACACAUUGUCCACUAGGGCGACAAUAGCCCAACCCCGUCAGGACCCUUCUGGUGGUGAUGCAAAGGUAGAGAAUAAACAACCAAAGAAGAUGUACUACUUAUCAUGUUUCAAUUGCCGUUGGACUUCACGGGAUGUUGGAAUUCCAGAUCAACCUGUAGCUUCCGGUGGGUGGCCAGAAAGAACAAACCCCUUCGCUCAUCGCUUUGGCCAACUUCUCGAGUAUUAUAAAGCAAUCGCCCAGCAGGAGAAGCAGGAGAAACUUGAUAAAGAACGAAAGAAGUUUGCUAUUCGUGGCAAAUAUAUAACUCUUACGGAUAAAACUGGUCUUACGGGUGCUAUGGCGCGUAACAUUGCUGGCUUACCAUCCAGUGAGAGCUCUUCUUCAGCCAUCGCUAACUUCACCCCGAGUCAAGCUACUGAGGAAUUGGAGGAACUUCCAGAAGAUUAUCACACAAGGGAGGUCAACUUGAAGCAGAUAACGACAAUGCCGCAGCGUCUGGCCGCGCCGGAGUGGCAAGCGCAGCUCGUGUCGCGCCUGCAGCCGCUCGCUCGGCCGCUGAGCGUGAAGCGCAGCCAGCGCUGCCGCCGCUGCGACCACAACCUCACCAAGCCCGAGUACAACCCCGGCUCCAUCAAGUUCAAGAUCGAGCUGUUGGCUUACUACCAUGUACCAGAAGUCAAGAUAAUAUCCUACGAAACAAUUAAGCCUGGUGGUACCUCAGCCUUACUAUUGAAGCUGACAAACCCCACUGCUCACGAGAUGCAAGUCCGCUUGAUACAAACUGAUGAGAUACCGGAGGUGCAGGAGGAGGAACCGAAGAGCAUCGAGAAGAGUCUGGAGAAGUCUCUGAGUUUGGAGAAGGACACAUCGUGGCGCCAAGUUGUAGAACGUAAGCCUGUGUUGCCAGCGCUCAUAAAGGUGAACAACCCUGAGCAGACGCUAACGCUGGCGCAGAGAGAUGAUGCAGCCGAAUACGAUGAUGAUGCCCAUCAUGAUACUAAUGACGUAAUCCUCUGGCGAAAAUCGAACAAACUCGCCCUCCGCUUGCAACUUGAAACGGACGAAAACGCCAAAGUCGGCGAACCGGCUCAAGCAGUUAUCGCUCUCGAAUAUUCUUACCGGAACACUGUCCCUCCUUCUGCUACGUCCACACAGCACCGCGAUCACACUCUCUAUACAACAGUGUUAAUCGAUCUUGGCCUUGUUUCUGAAUAAAUGAUCUCGAACAUUCGUUUUUCAUUUAGAUAUAAAAGCAUAGAAGAAUUUCACCUUUUUUUUAUAGGUCAUUUUUAUCAUGUGGAAUUCUUGUGCUCUAUUUUACUCUGUUGGAUGCAUUUUAAUGAAUUUAUUUUUAUUGUGAUUACCAGCUUGACGCUUUUUAUAGUCUGUGGUUACAUAUAAAAACGCGGGAACUUAUAACGUAAAAUUAAGACUGGAAAUUGUGCUUUUCGCUUGUGGUUUUUUAUUUUUGUUUAAAUUGGUGUACUAUUUUAUUUUAUUCUCAUAGAAUGCGUUUAGGUAAAUUAAGAAAAAUGUACAUAUUUACUUAUAUGAAAUAACGUAUACCUAAUAUGUAACUCAUUCUAUGAAAAUUAUUUAUAUACUAAUAAAAUCAAGCAUUUUGAUCGCACGAAUAAGUGAUCAGAGAUCUGUUUAUUACGGGAAAAUUAAAUCACACCGUAUUGAAUCAUUCACAACAUUUUUCUUGAAAAAAUGUAUUUAACACUCGAGUACGAAUUUAUUAGUUGCGUUUAGCGCACGUUUAUAAAUUACUUUUAGGAAUUUAUUUUACUCAAUGUUUGCUUGAUAUCUCACAAAUACCAGAAUAAGUGGUUUUUCUGGACCUAAUUUAAUGAGAGCGAGCUAAAACCAGUUUCUAUUGUAACCUUGGCAUACUAUACAUUGUAGAAUAGAGUUCUGUCACAGAAUCGUAACAUAUUAUAGGCAAAGAAUUACUUAUAUGAUAUUCGAUACUAUACUACAAAUAAUAUAUCUUAUAUCGUUAAUGUACGAAUACUCGA